AAGAGAAUUCUGUAAUAUGGUGUGCCGAUGCGACUUUUUCCCUUUGAGCGCAAUGGAGAGGAGAUAGGUAAUGGAAACGGUAAGAGGAGUCAAAGAUUUUCGUGAUGAGAUGGUGUGAUUGGUGGCGUUGAGAUGAGUCGACGAUCUUUCAGAUUGAAAAUCGUACUUCAAUGGUUGGGGUUAGUGUUGGGCUGAGUCUAAAUUGAAUUGAACACAAUGAAGAUGAUUCAAUUUCUGUGUUACUCGACCUCCUAUUCAGAUGAAUAGAUGCGAGAAUGAUUAUGAUACAUGAUAAAGAGGAUUGAGGGGAUCGAAAUUGGGGGUCAGGCUAAGGAAGGCUAAGGACGAUUUCGUUUUCGUGGGAUGGGUCUUUCAUACUGCUUGUCUAGCGUGGCCGCUGUGUAAGGUAUUGGCUUGGAUGGUAUGGUUGCGGUUGGAGUUGGGCGUGGGGGUCUGAAUCAUCGUCAGGAGUGUCAGGUGGGUGUUCUCCGGGACCUUACUGCAAUCUUCAAUUCCAUUUUUCCAUCUUCCACUUUUAACAAUUAACAUUACUAACAGAGACAUCUCCUGCUUGCGCAAACGUAUUGGGUGACUCAACAUGAUGCAUAUCUCAAGCAAUGGCAAGGGGCAAGGCACAGCACCAUGAAGUGUUCAAGGUCUAAGUCGUUGGGCGAACAUCCAUACCAUAGCCUAUUCCAUACAGCACAUCAAGAUAAACAAUCACACGCCACUUCCCUAUGCUUCCCUGAUCAUGCUUGACAACAAUGCAUAGCAGAUCCAAGAACAAUUCCCCAAUAACAGACAGAGAAAAUUUUCCAUGCGCCUACAUGUUUGCUUCAUGCGCGAAGCCCGAGCCCAACAUCUCGGAUCCUCUCGUUAGUUUUCCCUGAGUCCACAGCCUGAGUCGGCAUAACAAUAGCAUCACCGUGGCAAAACAAACAAACAAACAAACAAAACGAACAAGCGAACGAGACAAAACAGGACAAGACAAACUAGCUUGCAGCUCUUUUCUGCACCUGGCCCAAGUAUAGCAAUGGGAAAAGAAAUCACCCUAAUGCAGACGUAUGUACGUGCGCGUAUGCGCGUGCGUGUCAGAACUAUAUUCAAAAUGAGUGAGGCGAAGCAAAGUAAAGCAAAGCAAAGUAAUUUCCUAUCUCAUCAUUCCACUUGCUGAAGUGGGAUUCCCCAGGGAUAGUUCUAGCAUGGAGUGUUUUAAAUUGCUACUUGCAAUCCCCCUCAAUCCCGGGGUUGCACAAGGCUGAUAUACUUCCGUUUUGGUUGGGUUGGAUUGAGAUGAGGAUGCAGGCAUGCUCAUGGAUAGUUGGUGAUGAGGAGGUGGGUGGAUAAAUGAUGUGAUUAGGUUAGAGGGUUAUUAGUUACAAGGAUAGGAACUAACGCGAAUGAAAGUUGGGGGCGUAAUGCAUAUAUUUUAUGUUAUACAAGCACGCAAAGAAAGAGAUUAGAUGGCGGUGGGAGAGGCUGGCGAUACUGAUGACGAAGAACUAGUGGGGAAGCAAAUUAUGUUACACCAAGAACGUGUUCGAAUUUCUUCACCGUCUUGUCUUCAACUAUGCUUUACCUCAUCAUGCUUCCGAAACUAAUUUUUGCAGUCUUCCAUGUCGAUUCUGCCUAGAAUAGAUGGUGCCGAUCUGAAUACUAUCUACAUCGGCCGUCAAUCAUAAGCUUUCGGGACUCGAGCACACCCACCCACCUCAAGUGACACGGAGACGCCGGGAA